GUUUACCUUAAAGGUCUUUAGUGGACAACAAAUAGACCGUUGCAGGCCAUUACAAUUUACAUAGAUUCAGCCUUUAUGGUACGGAUGCUUAGAGCAGACAUAGUUAUAGAUACCAGUCUUGAGUAAACGGUGGAUCAUAUCCACCAAAUUAAUAAGGCUGUUGCUUGGUGUAGCAUCCACAAGUUGCAACACCAAACUAAAUUUUAGUUUAUCGUCCUUUAAUAAUAUUCCGUAUAAUUUAGUAACGUCUAAUUCAUGUUCCAAAAAAAAAAAAAGAGUGAGGAAAAGUAUCCCAAAAAAAAAAAAAAGAAAAGGAGAGAGAUACUUCUUGUUACUCCCCUAUAUAAAGACUCCCCUCCACACUCUCCUUUCCUACACGGCCAUCAAAAAGCAAUUCUAAAAAAACUUUCUCCUUCUCCUGUCUCCUUCCUUCUUCAAACAAACACCAUUGACUCAACAAAAACCUAAAAUGGAGGUUUUAACAAUGCUUAAAUUCUGGAAAUCAAACACUUCUAAAGUCGCCGCCGGAACCACCGCUAGCGACGGCGAUAGCGCUGAAACAAUCGCCGAUUCCACCAUUUCCGACCAUCUCACCGAGCAAAGCGACGACGAUGACGACGACUCUUUCUUCGAGUUAGAGCUCACUUUACCUUCUUCCGACUCCAAAUUUUCUCUUUCCACUCCUUGCUCCAAAGAUUCAUCAGAAAACUUCUAUAAUUGUGUGGAAGAGAAGGAAUCUGAGAAGAAAAUUAAGUCUAAACCUCAAUCUCCGAUUUCGAUUCUUCGCUCAGCUUCUCCGAAGCUUCGAGUGUUUAUGUUUGGAAAAUUCAAUAAGAAAUCGAAACGUGUUGAGGAUGUGUUCGAAACGGAGAGUGUUUCGUCGAUUUCGUCUCCAAAACGAAGCAAUUCAAGCUUAUUAACUGUGAAAUUCCGAAUUGAAGACGGUUCAAUCGUUCCGAAGUUCACUCGGAGUGGAAGCAACAACUCAAGCGUUUCCAGCAGUCCGAAGAUUGAGAAACAGAGCUUAGAAACGUCGAAACGUUUCUCAAAAGACGUCGUUCAAAAAUACCUGAAUCUCAUUAAGCCGAAAACCUCUAAAAAGGUUAGCGACGCCGAGAAAUUCGUCGCUUCUCCGACCAGACCGUCGACAACAACGCCGAUGCUGUUGAUUAAAAAGGAUAAAGAAGAAAAGCAAACCAGUCGAUUCAAAGCAAAGAUCAAGCAUCUAGGAAAGAGUAAAUCAUCUUCAGCGAUGAUCGGAGUUCCAUCGACGGCGAGUUUUCCGGCGAAAAACGACCAUCCUUGUGACGGCAUUGAAGGCGCUAUUCAACACUGCAAACGAUCUCUCACCACUUCCAAAGGACAUUCGUCGUUAUCGAGAUGUAGCAGUGAUCCAUCACAUGAGAAGUCAAUUCAAGUGUCAGAAAAAAUCUGAAGAACAAAAAAAAAAGCUGAUAAAAUGAUUAGAUUAGUGGUGAUGCCUGUAAACUUUUGUUUGUUUGUUUGUUUGGUUUGAGAGUGAGAAAGAGGCGGGAAAAUCUUUCUCCCAAAACUAAUUAAUUAAUUAGGGUUUAAAGAAAAUGAUAAUUAGGAAGUAUAGUUUGGUGAAUUAUCUCUGUAUUUGAGGGAGAAAUUUACAAGGUUUUGUUUGGUGAGAUUAGAGAUUAGAAGAGUAGUUUGUUAGGAGUGAUGAUGAUGAUGACCAGUGGAUGAGUGACGAGUGAGCUUAGGUCACUUGAGUUGUCUUGUAAAGCUUUUAACUCUGUUUUGUUAAUGAUGAUGAUAAUGAGCUUUUGUAUAUACGA